AUAACAUUAAAUUAUCUUAGUAUACAUUGAAGAUAGAAUCUUAAUAUUACUCAAUAUUAUCACCCGCAUAUAUUUACGUCAUUCAAUAAAAUACUGUGUCUUUGCUUAGUAGAAAAAAAAUAUAUCAGAAAUAUAUAUAUAUACAUGGUGUCCCAAAGCACCCUUGACAACGCUUGUGAGCAGGUAGAGCACAGCAAACUGAACAGAAAGGUCCUGUACCACGAGCGUUGUCAAGGGUGCUUUGGGACACCCUGUAUAAUAAAAGGUAUAAUUACAGAAAAGUAAUAAAUGAUGGCUUUAUAAUUCUAUUUUCUAUAUUUUUAUAAUUGGAUAUCAAAAAUUGGAUUCCACAGCGUCUUUCGAAGAAACGUUAAAUAUGUAAUAUAUAAAAUAUUAUGCUUUGCAAUAAAAAAAGUACAUAUCGCGUGCGAUUAAAGUACAUUUAAUAAUGAUAACAGAAAGAAAUUGAUAUCAUCAUGCACACAAAUAGAACGCAUACAAGCAUUUAAAACACUUUACUGCUACUGACAAGUAUAUCGUGUCUAUAUCGCGUAUGAGGAGUCAGUAAUAGUCAAUAAUCCCCGACAGUUAAAGAUAAUUAUCAAGUAGUGUCACGAUUUAUUCUAUUUAGACUUUAAUUUACAGCUACUUUUAUUAAUUCUCAGUGUGAAAAAGCAAAAUGAAAGUAGCUAUCGUUGGUGGUGGAGUCGUCGGAUUAACGACGGCCGUAAUUGCACAAAAUGGAUCUCUUCGUAAUGCUGAUAUAACGGUUUUGGCUUCGGAUUAUGAUGAUAUUGUCAGUUAUGUAGCUGCAGGAAUUUUUAGAGUUGGUGCUUCAUUCGGUAGUUAUAACGAGGAGAAAGUAACGAAAAAAUGGAUAAAAGAUUCUUACGAAUUUUACGACGACAUUCGAAAAUCCGAUCUUGCCUCUUAUGCUGGAGUGACUAAUAUUUCUGGAUAUAUAUUCGCUAAUUCAUCUCCACAUACUGUUCAGAACCGUUGGCUUGAAAGUGUAGUCCCGGUAUACAGAAGAGCGACAGAGGAGGAAUUUCAAUUAGUUAAUGGCAAUUGGAAAUAUGGAUCAUUUUUUUCGACUCUCCUUACACAAAGCAAUUUAUAUCUUCCAUGGAUUAAGCGAAAAUUGCUAAUAGACGGAGUUACGUUUAAACAAAGAAAACUAAAUUCCCUCAAGGAACUAACUGGCGAAUUUGACAUCGUAAUAAAUUGCACUGGGCUUGGAGCACGUAAAUUAUGCGAUGAUAGACGUCUCGUUUCUAUACGCGGUCAAGUGCUCAAAGUAAAAGCACCGUGGAUCAAGACUUUCUUUUACGGCGAGCUCGACACUUAUGUUAUACCAGGUUUCCAUGGCAUGGUUACUCUAGGUGGAUCGAGAAGCUUCGAUUCCGAAAAUAUAAGAUUAUGUCCAUACGAAUCCGUAGCGAUUCGCGAAAGAUGUGAAACAUUGGUUCCAUCUUUGAAAGAUGCGGAACUCUUGCAACAAAAAGUCGGUUUACGACCACAUAGAGAAGGCGGUGUUAGAAUUGGAGAGGGAAAUAUCGUUAACAAUGGUUGCUCUAAUAAAACCAUAAUCGUACAUAACUAUGGACAUGGUGGUUACGGAGUUUGUAUGGCACCAGGAACUGCUAUUGCGACCGUCGACACAGUCAUCGAAUUUCAUAAAGCUACCUGCUCCAAAAUAUAAUUGCUAUAAUAUAAAAUUUUUGUUCGGUUUUGUAUGUUACAGAAAAACGUUCUUCUCUACCUGCAAAUGGAUAUAUUCUUUAUUAACGAAUUUGCAUACGAAAGUUAAUGAUCUAAUACUGCGCGGUAUUGUUUACUGAAAUGCACUUACAAUCAGAAUUUCUGAAGAUUUGUUAUCAGAUGUGAGAUACACGUUUAUUCCGCUGAUCGAAAGACGCAAUGAAGUUUUUUUUUUU